CGCUGCUAGAACAACAGGGAAAGGACGCGCUCCAAAUAAGCGCCAUUAUCUCCCUUCGUUUUCGUAAUUUUUCUGUUUUCAUUUGUCCCCCACAAACUCACACGCAGAGAGUCCCUCCUUCACGUUUUGUCAGGAAUGUUCAUGCAUGUGUUGUAUUGAUAACGCGGGUGUGUGUUUCGCUUGUGACAUGUGAGAGGACCGAUAUGGAGUAAACCAGCUCCGGGAAUGGAAACACGGUAAAGAGAAAAGAGUGUCAUGGCAGACCCAGAAGUGUCAACACAGAGUGGGGGCUAUGAUGUGGAGCUGUUUGUGGACACUCCAGACUACGAUCUGGUCUGUACCAUAUGCCAGGGGGUCCUCAGGUGUCCAGUAAGAGCUGCCUGCCACCACAUAUUCUGCAAGAAAUGCAUCUUACAGUGGCUAAAGAGGCAGGAGACCUGCCCCUGCUGCAGGAAAACUAUAAACCCAAGCUUGAUCUUUGUCAUGUUCAAGCUGAGCAAAUCUAUUGGACGCAUGAAGAUCAAGUGUAAGAAUGAGAUCCGUGGCUGUGCAGAGACCUUCUCUCUCUCUGAGCAGUACCGCCACAGCAUGAGCUGUCUGUACGAGCUGAUUCCAUGCCCGUACCAGGGCUGCCGAGCGCAGCUCCUCCGCAGAGACCUGGACACCCAUGCACGCCAUUGUGAGCACUGGCGUCAGCCCUGCCACAUGGGCUGCGGGACGAUUCUCUCCCACAGCACCCAGGCCCAACACAACUGCUACAAGCAACUGAGGCAGGAGUAUGAGGUCAGACAGAGGAACCACAGGGCCAUCGCUACUGCCCUGCAGAGGAAGAUGAGGAGGAUGCAGAGCACCAUGGCGCACAUGAAGAGGCAGAUAGGGCUCAUCUGUGAAAGCCUGGAAGUGAUGGACGAUCUGCAUGAAGUGGAAGAGGAGGACCUUGGAGAGAGCAGUGGCAGCUCCAGUGGGACUCCAGGUAGCAACAACAGUAACGGCUGAGGGACACAUACUGCUGCUAAAUGGCUGCUGCUGUGUGACUUUUACAAAUGUUUACACAGGACAAGUUGUGUGUUUUUAGAAUAUGUAAAUGCAUGAACAAAGGGUGAAUUAACUAUUGU